GAAAGUGUGCACUUAUCAAACUUUUGCAUAGAAUUUUAUCGCGUGCGUGAAUUAUUUCAACAAACAUGCAGCUUUUUGAAAGUGUGUGAAAUGUCGAAAGUCAACAAAACCGUCGUGGAUUUCUCCAGGACACAGCAGCUGCGUGCGAUUCGGCUAACCGGUCGAGGAAAAAGUUGAAACUCGCAAUCGCAGGUGCGAUUAUGGUUAUUCUUGUGAUUGUAGGGAUAAUUGCCGCUAUUCUGAUUACAAGCAAUUCUUCUGCUUCUUCUUCUUCUGCGGGGAAAUACGUCAGCUCGUCAGAACUAGGCAUUUAUUCUCGGGCUGCUGUAGCAACGAACGGUCAAGAAUGCGCGAAAAUUGGUACGGAUAUUUUGGCACGAAAUGGAUCAGCAAUGGACGCCGCGAUUGCCGCAUUGCUCUGCGAAGGAGUCGCCUGUCUCAACAGCAUGGGACUUGGCGGUGGUUUUUUCAUGACGAUUUGGGACGCGGAAACUGAGAAACCGUAUUAUCUCGAUGCUAGGGAGACUGCUCCGGCCUUAUCCACUCCAAAUAUGUACGGUGGAAACUCGAAUCUUUCCAUGUACGGUGGUUUAGCCGUCGCGGUUCCCGGUGAACUUUUGGGAUACUGGGAGGCCCAUCAAAAGUUUGGAAAACUUCCCUGGGCGGAACUUUUUGAAGCGACGAUCACCCUUUGCGAAAAAGGCCACAUCGUGACCAGCUACUUAGCUUCCUACUUAGAAAGUAAAUCGGAACGUAUUUUAGCGGAACCAACAAUAGCGGAAAUUUUGAUAAAUCCGGAAACGAAAUCGGUCUGGGUGGAGGGGGACAGAAUUAAAAGACCAAAGUUGGCGAAUACUCUGAGGAUUAUUGCGGAAAAAGGGAUAGAUGUAUUUUACAAUGGGACCAUGGGAGAACAGCUUGUUGAGGAAAUUAGGGCCUUCGGAGGAAUAAUGUCGAUGAAUGAUCUGCGAAAUUACAGUGUAAUCUGGAAGGAACCGACGAAGUCGGCAUUGGGGGAGUACACCAUGUACAGCGCUCCACCUCCCGGUUCUGGAGUAAUUCUUACGUUCAUAAUGAACGUUCUGCAGGGUCUGCUUCCGGUCGAAAAUGAUCAAAAGUUAUGGCAAAGAAUCGUUGAGACUUUUAAAUGGGCCUACGCCAAACGUACGGAACUCGGAGACCCAGAUUUCGUCGACAUUGCUGAUUUGGUGGCCAAUCUUACUUCUAAAGAGUAUGCUGAGAGCAUUGCCAAUGAAAAAAUAAGAGAUGAUCGGACGAGUACAGAUCCUCUCUUUUAUGGAGGUAUCACAGCAAGCACCAGGGAAGCUGGGACUGCUCAUAUUUCAGUUUUAGCACCCGAUGGAUCUGCAGUAUCUGUUACAUCAACGGUUAAUCAAAUCUUCGGAGCAAUGAUCCGCUCAAAGUCGACUGGGAUCAUAUUCAACGAUGAAAUGGAUGACUUCAGUUCACCGAACAUUACCAAUUCAUUUGGUUUACCAGCAUCGCCAGCAAAUUUCAUUGCUCCUGGUAAACGGCCACUGAGUUCUAUGAUACCAACUAUUCUGGUUGACAAAAAUAAGAAGGUGCGACUAGUGAUUGGGGGUGCUGGUGGCACAAAGAUUACAACAGGUGUUUCCAUUGCCAUGAUAUUGAAUUUGUGGCUUGGCUACGACAUUAAGGAAGCUAUCGAUGCUCGGAGGCUCCAUCAUCAGCUUUUCCCAAUGACUGUCCAAAAUGAGAAUGGAUUUUCUGAGAGCAUACUGAAGUACCUACAUGAAAUUGGUCAUACGUCAAACACCUAUUCAGGACUUGGUAGUGCGGUAGUUGGUAUAUCAGUUAAUGAUGGAAACUUGACAGCAAACUCUGAUUACAGAAGAUUAGGAGUAGUGUCAGGAUUUUGAUGUAAAAAAUAACACCAUGUUAAACUUCUUCACAGGUUUUUUUGUUUUAUUUUCUGUUCGGUUUUUUUUUUCUAAACUGGAAAACAGUAUAGGUAGAAACUAUGUGAUCAAUUGAAAUUCGUAAAUCGAAUUUCAGGUACCAAUUUUCCACCUCAAAAGAUUUUAAUGAACUCUCAGCAAUUUCAUCCAGUAGCUAUUCGACUUGUAAAUAUUAGUAUGCGAGCACCGAUAGUGUGUGCCAGGUGGAAAUACGUGGAAAUCAACGAAUUCAGACCUACAGUGGGAUUAGUACGUAAAUUUCGACGUUCUCCACACGUGUGGCGUCAGAUAUUGUUUCUUGUUGGUAGCGCCAUUAGCGCCUGGAAACGUCAGAAAAGUGCUACAAAAUGAAGUUGUUUUAGCGCUCCAGGCAGCGCCUCGAGAAAAUAACGUAUUAUCCGCAAGUAUUCAAAUAUAGAGCCUAGAGGUAUGCAUUUAUAAGUAGAUAUAUAUUAAUUAAAUUCUGGAAAUCAGUCAAAAAUCAAUGUUCCGUAUGGCCUCCAUGUAUGUAUGCAUAGUACAAUUAUUUAAAUAUUGAAUGAUUUCGUAAUAUAUGUAA